UCGCGCACCGACAUGGCGGCGGCGGAGGGUGGCGGCGGCGACGGCUGCGACGGCGUGUGGCCGGACCUGACGGUGCAGCGGGCCGAGCUGCGGUCGCUGCUGGCUAUGGCCCUCCGGCCGGGGGAAUCCUGGUACCUGGUGGACAGCCGGUGGUUCAGGCGGUGGAAGAAGUACGUGGGCUUCGACAGCUGGGACAUGUCCGGUGUGGGCGAUCCCAGAUUCUUCCCCGGGCCUAUCGACAAUUCGGGUCUCUUCAGCGAUCCAGAAACGCAGAGUUUAAAAGAACACCUCAUUGAUGUGCUAGAUUACGUAUUGGUUCCUACUGAAGCCUGGAAUAAACUAGUAGCAUGGUAUGGUUGCGUAGAUGGACAGCAGCCUAUUGUGAGGAAAGUAGUGGACUUUGGUGUGUUUGCGAAGCGCUAUAAGGUUGAAGUUUAUCUUCUUGAGCUGAAGCUGUGUGAGCGCAGCAAUCCUGACAAUGUAAUUAGCUGCCACUUCAGUAAAGCAGACACUGUUGCUACCAUCGAGAAAGAAAUGAGAAAGCUAUUUAAUAUCCCAGCUGAGAAAGAAACUAGAUUAUGGAACAGGUAUAUGAGUAACAUGUAUGUGCAGCUCAGCAGGCUGGAUAGCACAGUGCAAGAUGCGGGGCUCUAUCAAGGUCAGGUUGUUCUAAUAGAAGUGAAAAAUGAAGAUGGCACGUGUCCUGGACAGCAUUUCCUGGCAAAAUCAAGCACUGCAACUAGCAGAAACUUUACUACCUCUUCAAAAUCAUCAGCAAGUUCUUAUUCCUCAGUGUCUGCCACCUCUGUCAUUACUAACGGUGAUAACAGUAACUCCUAUGGACUGAACAGCUCCCACCUGGGCAGGGGAGGUUCUGGAUUUGUCUGUAACUCUUACAGCUGCAGGGACAGCGCUUCCCUGACACAGCCUGGACUCUGCGGACUCAGUAACCUUGGAAAUACCUGCUUCAUGAAUUCUGCAUUACAGUGUCUAAGCAAUACACCUCCUCUGACUGAUUAUUUCCUGGAAGAUAAAUAUGAAGCUGAAAUAAAUCAGAACAAUCCACUGGAGAUGAGAGGAGAAACUGCAGAGGCCUAUGCAGAGCUCAUUAAACAGAUUUGGUCUGGGAGACAGUCUUAUGUGGCCCCUCGGAUGUUUAAAGCUUUGCAUGGUACAGUUUUGAAGUUGAGGGUAUAUGCCUUUGAGACCUUGGAGCAAAAGUCUUAUGGACCACAGAAAUCUGUCCUCUGUAGAGUGAUACGUAGUUCUGAAACAACAAGAUAUUGUUUGAUUUCUGUCACUUUGAGUUGCUGGCACAUCAUUCACUGCUAUUGAAGCUUUCUGUAAACUUCUGUUCAGAGGAAGUAUGUGAAUCUGUAGUGGACAUCAAUAAAAGUGUCUUAAUGUGGGCUGUUGUUGUUUUAAGACUGGAACAGGGAUUACUCUUUAUUUCCUAGUGCAGGUCACUUGUGACUUUUCUAACAAUUCUUGCUGAUACAGUGAGUGUUAACUAUCUCCGUAAUACAAACAACCCUUCAGUUUGGGUUCCAUUACAGUUGUCAUCUUUGACUGGUUAAAAUGUACUAAGCAUAAUUCUGCAAGUCUGUUGGACUGUGUAUUUAUGAGAAAGCUAGCGAUGGUCACUAGGGCUGACUACUCCUUCAGCUAAUUGUUGGUUUUCCUGUGGGACCCCUUUCUAUUGUUGUUUUUUUUUUAGAAGCAGGAACACUUAAGUGGCAGUGUUGUGACGUAGCACUUAGGAAAUAAGAGGCUGCAUAUGGGUGUGUUGUUUCUGCUGCUUGCUAACUAAGGCUGUUAAGUUUCUUAGGUUCAUAUCACGAUUCUUAGAAUAGCUAGAGAUUACUGUGGCGAGAUUUUCAAUCUUAGUUUUAAGCCAGUUUUGUUAGUUUAUAAGUAUCUUCUGCAAGCAUUUUCAAUCUUGCGGUCUACCUGCUUCAAGGUGCUAUCCUAUAGCAGGUCUGUACUAUGGCAGCUGUAGGUUUCUGAAACAGAAAUUGAAUUACAAAAUGCAUCCGGCAGCUAGGUUUGUACUUGCAUGUGGAUUUGAAGGGGACUGGGAGCAUUUUCACGUGGAGGUGCCAGGGGUGUCCCUCAGACAAGGGUCUUGAACACACGCCCUGGGCAUGGGGUUGUAAGCAGUCAUUUUGUCCCCCUGGUAGACAGCAGAGUAUUAGACGAAAUGAACUGUUAGGCCAGAUUUCCUAUGUGUGCUCCCUCAUGGCCUCUAGACAAACGUCAUGCCUGAGCUAGAUUUAAACCCAGGCUGAAUAGGGUGCACGGAAGCACUGGUCAAGACGAGGGAGAACCAAGGUGUAAGUGAUUUGGCACAGCCGUGGAUCUCGAUGAAUUCCUGGUGUUUGGUGCAUCUCCUUAAGAGGUUUAACUUGAGGUUUUUUACCUUUCUGGUGCCAUGGAAAUGGGUACACUGAUCUUAAAGCAACUUUACGUUUUAUUUAAUUUAUAUCUGAAUUCAAACAGCCUUGGGCUCCAGUUACCCCCUUUACCUAGUAAUUCUGUUACGCCAUUUUCCUGACAGAGGCCAGAAAAAUCUCUUCUGUUUGUUUUUUUCUUCCUGUCUUUUUUGUCCUGUUUCCCAGUCAACGCUGAUAUUUGAGCCCCUUGCAGACACUUCUUUGUUGCUCUGAAGUUGGCAAACAUCGUGCUCCCAUUAAAAUGAGGCACGUAAUAGUGAAGUGUCUUUCCCUAAGUGAACUCACGCUCCCCUGAUUAGGCUUUUGCCUGUUGUCAUGGUACAACCAGCUGCAGCAUACUGACAAAUGCAGAGUCCAGAGUAACUACAUUGGGUAGAACAAUGCUUUAGGAGCCUCUAAAAGCCAGAUACAAUAAUGAUUUUUAGGAAGUGUAUGUGACUAGUUGUUAUUUCUCUUAAUGGGCAAUAAUUUCAUGUCUCUUGCCUUUUCUUGCUUAAUACAGUACAUGUGGCAACACCACAAGAAGGAGUACAUUUGAUCUUUUUUUCUCUCGAAGAAAUGCUGCUAAUUGUGGGAUUGAAAAGAUGCCCACCAUGCCUUCAUUUUAUGUGGGUACUUCCUUUCGUGCAGUGUAGGAGAUGCACGCGUGUUUCUGCCUUGCAUCCCUAUCACUGCACUUGUUGGAGUUUAUGACUCUGUUCCCAUCUCAGCAUCCUGGUUAGCAACUGUGUGUGUAUCUAUGCACUUAUUUAACUUGAGAUAUAAUAUAUCAAAAUACAUGGUAUUGUACCAUAAAUGAAGUCUCAUGCUAGGAAGAGCCUUUGAUUGCAUUGAAUAGACAAAUGCCCGUGAUCAGAUGCCCUUAAGUAAAGAGUUUGUAAGUUGUAUUGUGAAAGCCUUCAAGGGAUUGUAAGUUGUCUCCUUUUAUACUUUCUGUAAGACAUGGACCUUCAUUUUU